AUGUGGAAUGCUACAAUAACAAUGUCGACUGUAAGUCAACCUAAUUCAACAACAACAACCAAUUCCACAAACGAUCCUAAAUCAGAUACAUCAAAUGACACGGGGACGGAAUCACUUACAUGGAUUUCAUGGUUCUGUUCACUAUCAGGUCAUGAAUAUUUUGCAGAAGUAGCAGAAGAAUUUAUAGAAGAUGAUUUUAAUUUGACCGGAUUAAAUUCAAUGGUGCCGUUUUAUAAAGAAGCAUUAGAAAUGAUUUUGGAUGUUGAACCUGAUAGUUUAAGAGUACCGGAUGUUUCAAUUGUUGAAACUUCGGCAGAAUUAUUAUAUGGGCUAAUACAUCAACGAUAUAUUAUAACACGUCAAGGAUUACAGCAGAUGGCAAGACAUUUUGGUACUUGUCCAAGAGUAUUUUGUCAGACAUGUCCUGUUAUACCAUGUGGUAGAAGUGAUAUGCCAGGAGUAGAAACUGUCAAAUUAUUUUGUCCAAAUUGUCUUGAUUUAUAUAAUCCUUUAAGUUCAAGAUUUUAUAAUGUUGAUGGUGCAUUCUUUGGAACAACAUUUCCUCAUCUACUUUUUCAACAAUAUCCAGAUUUAAUUCCAAAUUCACAAGCGAUAAUUUAUGAGCCAAAAAUUUUUGGAUUUAAAGUUAACGAGAGAAGUCGCACAGGACCAAGGAUGCAAUGGCUAAGAAUGCGGCCAGGUUGA